AUGCUGAUAGCCGUCGUGCUGGCGUUAUGCGGCAUCCUGGCCUUUUCACCGCAGGUCGUCCUUUCCCGAUUCAACACCAUUAAGUUUUCGUCAAUCCAGCAGUGCGGACCCUUCAGCGUAACUUUCUCCGGGGGCAAUGCCCCCACAGCUCUUCCUUUAACUUUGACAGUCGUUCCUUUCAAUUCCACUCCGAUAUCCAUCACUAUACCCGAGGACUCUUGGAAUGCUACCACGAGCACUGGUGCAGCAGUCACCUUCCUUCCCCUGCCAGCCGGCUCGACUUUCGUGGCGUCCUUGGAUGACGCAGACGGGCACCCUACCGGUCUGGUGUCCGACGUGAUCGCCAUCGAAAACUCGUCCGACACGUCGUGCUUGCCCCCACAGGCCGCAGCCACGACCCCGCCCUUUGCCGUCGACACAAGCACGUUCUCCCAAUGCGCACCGUUCAAUGUCUCCUACGAUGCAGCAGCUGGCGUUGGAGUGCCGAAGGUCCGCGGCUUCAUUCCUCGAGGAUUCUCGCUGUACAUGGCACAGAACUCCACCGACGAGGCCGCCUCCAUUGCUACGUACACCAUGGAGGCCUUCCGCGGGCUCCAGAUCGCGCUGCUCAUGGACGACGGGAAGGGCCAUCGGCAAACAACGGCCAUCCAGUCGGUUCUGGGAGACAGCACUAGCUCUGCGAAGUGUAUCCACGUCAACGUUACACAGAUCUCGUCGAAUACGACAAACGCGAUGAAUAGUUCGCAGAUGAUGACUACAGAGCCGACAACGUCAGUCAAGCUAUCCAAGGGUGCAAUUAUUGCGAUAACCGUGGUUUCUGUGGCGCUCGUCGCAGGCGUUCUCAUCCUGAUGGGUCUGUACGUGUACCGCGAGCGCAAGCGGCGACGUGCAUUGAGGGCUCAAGCAGAUGUAGAGCGGCAGUCUCGCUACGAGAAGCCUGGAGAGUUGGACGGAUGGGAAACAACAGUCCUGCCGCGUCCAUUAUCCACCGAUAAAUCACACGGUCGUCCAUCGUCUAUCGAAACGUCCAACGUCCCCCGCAAAAACCCCAUCUACGUGACUGCGCGAUUCGACAAGUCACCCACGUCCCCUGAGUUUAUCCAGUACGCUGUCGCGGAGACGGGCCCCACCGCCAACAGCGGGACUUGGCCUCCUCUGCAAUCCGCAGGCGUCAGGUCCCUCGCCCCGACCCCGAGCCAGAGGAGCAAGCGGCGGCCCAGUGUGCAGACACUGCGCUCGCUCGAUAUCGAACAGAUCCUGGCUCGUGCGACCAUAUACGAGGAGGAUCGCCAGCGCGGGGAGCGAGAGCAGGAGGAGGUUGCCCUCUCGCCGAGGAAAGCGCCCUCUCCGCCUCCGCCGGCACUCAAGCUUGAUUCGCCGCCCCGCAAGGAUACGAAGCUAUUGAACGUUCCGCGGUCGCCUGCGUAUUCACUCGCCUCGACGUCGGGUGGUCAGUCAGCGGUAGACGUGCCCUAUACACCUGCAUCCAAUUACACAAGGAUGAGUGCAGCCAGUCCUUGGAUGAUGCCGCCUUCUAGAGCUAAACUAGCAGACGAGGGUGCCCGGACGUCGUACUCAGGCACAGCCCUGUAG